AUGGGACUUUUACUCAGCCGGAUUCAGAGUGCCUUGCAGAGCUUCUAUGGGACGGAGGCUCGAAUUCUCCUGCUGGGCCUGGAUGCAGCUGGCAAAACCACCCUCCUCUAUAAGCUGAAGCUGAACGAAACCGUCACGACCAUUCCCACCAUUGGCUUCAAUGUGGAAACGAUUCAGCCCAUCAACAACGUCUCUUUCACCAUGUGGGAUGUGGGUGGUCAAGACCGGAUCAGAGUCCUGUGGAGGCAUUACCAUCCCAACUCAGAUGGGCUGGUCUUCGUGGUGGACAGUGCAGAUUGCACUCGCUUUGAGGAGGCCAAGUCCGAGUUGGAAGCCCUGCUGGAGACCAAGGACUUGCAAGACGUGCCCGUAGUGCUGCUGGCCAACAAGCAAGACUUGCCUGGAGCGUUGCCCCCCCUAGAAGUGGCCGAAAAAAUGGGGCUGAGGAAACUGCGAGGGCACCGGUGGCAUGUGCAGGGCUGUUGUGCUGUGAACGGAGAUGGAAUCCCUGAGGCCAUGUGGAAGCUGUCUGAGAUGGUCAAGGUGUAUCGCAAAGCCCAGGGUAAAUAG